ACUCCCAAAAACUAGCGUAGCCAGGAAGUGGGGCCGUCAUGUCACGUCGACAUGGAAUUAGCAGUCUAUAUUGACAACAAAUUUUUGCGUUCUUGUUUGAGCACACAUUUAUGAUGAUGCGUACAGUUUGGCACGUUUUGUUAUGCAUUUUGUUGUAUAUUUACUCGUGUGUAUCAGAGCAAACUGAGAGGAAAGAUAAUUUCUACGUGAACGAGAGAGAUGACGGAGGAGUUGCUCAACAUAAGGAUUAUAGUCUUACUGAAAACCAUUUUGCAGUAAUCAAACAUGACUCUCAAGGUGCACACGAUUUACCAGACCUACACAAAGAUGGACCACUUGCCAGCAAGAUUAAUGACUCAGAGAACCACUCAAAUGAUUCCAUCCACUCCACAACAUCAGCAAGGCCAACUGCACCAGAACACCCAAACCCGAAGGCCAUUCUUCCCGUACAAACAGGGGUCAAGGCCCAGGAAGAAGAGCAGUCCAGUGGGUUGACCAUAUUUUUUAGCCUGCUGGUUAUUGGUAUCUGCAUUAUAUUGGUUCACCUGCUUAUCAAGUUCAAGCUGCAUUUUCUUCCUGAGAGUGUUGCUGUUGUGUCUCUUGGAAUUCUAAUGGGGGGAUUCAUUAAGGUCAUUGAGUUCCAGGAAUUGGCCAAUUGGAAGGAGGAGGAAAUGUUCCGGCCCAAUAUGUUCUUUCUUCUGCUCCUGCCACCAAUCAUCUUUGAAUCUGGAUACUCAUUGCAUAAGGGUAACUUCUUCCAAAACAUUGGCUCCAUCACCCUGUUUGCUGUGAUUGGCACAGCUAUCUCUGCCUUCAUAGUUGGAGGAGGCAUCUACUUCCUUGGACAGGCAGAUGUGAUUUACAAGAUGACCAUGACAGAUAGUUUUGCCUUUGGCUCACUCAUCUCAGCUGUGGACCCGGUUGCUACCAUAGCCAUCUUUAAUGCGCUCAAUGUGGAUCCUGUCCUAAACAUGUUGGUGUUUGGUGAGAGCAUCCUUAACGACGCAGUCUCUAUCGUCCUCACAAACACAGCAGAGGGAUUCUUUUCCCGCUCAGACACAAACAUGGUAACGGGAUGGGAGACAUUUUUGCAAGCAGUGGGUUAUUUCCUCAAAAUGUUCUUUGGGUCUGCUGCCUUGGGAACCCUCACAGGACUCAUCUCUGCUCUUUUUCUAAAACACUUUGACCUGAGGAAGACCCCCUCACUGGAGUUUGGCAUGAUGAUAAUCUUUGCCUACCUGCCCUACGGCCUGGCAGAGGGUAUUAAACUGUCUGGAAUUAUGUCCAUCCUGUUUGCCGGCAUUGUGAUGUCUCAUUACACCCAUCACAACUUGUCUCCAGUCACCCAGAUCCUCAUGCAACAGACGCUGCGUGCAGUUGCCUUUAUGUGCGAGACGUGUGUAUUUGCCUUCCUCGGUCUAUCCAUCUUCAGCUUCCCUCACAAUUUUGAAAUAUCAUUUGUCAUUUGGUGCAUUGUCCUGGUUCUUCUGGGCCGUGCCGUAAACAUUUUUCCUCUCUCAUUCCUACUUAACUUUUGCAGAGACCACAAGAUCACACCCAAGAUGAUGUUCAUCAUGUGGUUCAGUGGUUUGAGAGGUGCUAUCCCAUACGCCUUGAGCCUGCAUCUUGGCCUGGAGCCCAUUGAGAAGCGACAGCUCAUUGGCACCACCACGAUCAUCAUCGUGCUCUUUACCAUCCUCCUCCUUGGGGGCGGAACCAUGCCCCUCAUCCGCAUCAUGGACAUUGAGGACAGCCAGUCACGGAGGAAGAACAAGAAAGACAUUAAUCUCAGCAAGACACAGAAAAUGGGGAAUACUAUUGAGUCGGAGCAUCUAUCAGAACUGACUGAGGAGGAAUACGAGGCUCAGAUAUACCAGAGACAGGAUCUAAAGGGCUUCAUGUGGCUUGAUGCUAAGUACCUUAACCCUUUCUUCACCCGGAGGCUAACCCAAGAGGACCUGAUGCACGGACGGAUCCAGAUGAAGACUCUAACCAACAAGUGGUAUGAAGAAGUUCGGCAGGGUCCCUCAGGUUCAGAGGAUGACGACGAUGAAGCAGAGCUUCUGUGAACUGAACACUUUGACAUCAUAUACUGUAUAUAAUGUUUCAUCACAGGGAAGUUCAGCAAAACUGCACUACCGAACACUGGAGGCAAAAUAUUUCUACGAAAAUGAAUGUUUGUUACUUGAAUGCCAUAUUGUCAGCAGCUACUUAAAUAUAUGACACAGGUCACUGAUGUUGGACAGAACAUGUUAGGUUCCGUACCCAUUUGCCAAGUGUUAAGGGACAACAUUUUGUAAAGAAAUACAAGAGCACUUUUUCUUUUUUCUACUGACUGUGUGUGGGUGUAGUGUAUACAGUCGUGGUCAAAAGGUUUGGGAGUACAUUAUAUUUGGUAUUUCAAUAAAUCUGCUGCCUCAGUAUUUUUGAAGAAAACAUUUUACGCGUCUGUUAAAUACUGAAAAAAUAAGACAUUUUUGUGCGGAUCACAAAAAUAGAAAAUAAAGCAGCAAGCACAGAAUUUAACGGACUCCCGAAAUGUUUGGCCAUGACUAUCUACUUCAUUUUACAAUGUAAAAUGUCACAAAUCAAUUUUUAUUCUAUGAAUCUUUACUUUCUCUACGUUUCUUGGUUUGUAUGCACCAUUGAUGAUUUUGACUUGAUCAGUACAUAUGCAAUGAGGAUAAAAUGUAAUUAAUUUACGAAACUGGCUUGCAGAUAGACUUUAAUGUUUAUUUGGAACAGUGAGCAAGGUUUCGACCGCUACCCUGCAGCAGCGGUACUUGCACUGGAGUCAUUGCUGCUGGAUGUUUUACUGUGGAUUUCUAAUGUAGGGAGGCAUCAAUGUGAUGUGUGUGUGGGUACAUUUCUGUAUUUGUUCUACUUAUUUCUAAAAUGUACGUGU